CAACCACCGCAAAAUUCUACGGCGCAGUAGAGCUGUUACAACUUUACCGGUCCCUAGACUGGCCAGUACUACCAUUAUGUCUGCUGAGAAAGAGUUUGACAAUCCUUUCGCGAUUGCUACUCUGACACAACCCAUUGGCGGUUCACAUUGUGGCCGAAUCCUUUCAUCGGUAGCAUAUGGGCUCAGCGGCUCCAGGAAACGCAAGCGAGCAGAAAUUGUCGUAAGCUCUGAUGGAGAAGGUAUUCAUAUCUACAAUGUUCAAACAUCGCGUGUAGUCGCAUCAUAUGCGGUUCCUCCGCAAGCCUCUUUCAACACAACACCCUGCUGUGUCUAUCGUCGACCUUCCAAAGGUCUUCCUGCCCGUCGAUGUACAUACUCCUCCACUGUGCAGGCUUUGAACGGAGCAGGGAGUCCACAGGUCAUUUGCUUCGAUGAAGAGUCUGAGCCCGGCACACUGGGCAACAUGCGAAAGCUCACUUUUGACAUACCAAAGGAGCGGUCAGACGUGGUGGCGAUCGAAGCUGUACCGACCGCUAGUGGCUAUUAUAGUCAAGAGUUUGUCUUUGAGAUUAUUGUUGUUUACCAAGACGGUAAACUGGAUUGUCUAUCAUCGGAUCUCCAGACAUUGCAAUGGACAUCCGACCUGAGGUCUAUCCUUCCCUCCCAACCUUCUCGAAAUAAUGCCACUAGUAUGAGCGUAGGAUAUGCAUACGUCACCAAUGCCCUCCAGGCGAGCCGCGGUCUCUUCAAGGGACGCGACGAUGUUGUCGCAAUUCUGCAAGGCUCUAGGGAAGCAGACCCUGGAGUGCUUGCGGGCACACCUGUGGUGGUGCUGGCUACCACUUUGGGAGGAUCUGCGCAGCUUGACCUCCAUGCCUUCUCACUGCGACCAGCGCUUCAAUCCGGCUUAACAUCUCGAGACGCUACAGCUAGACAUCUUGUAUCCUGGCGCCUUCCUAAAGCUACAAUGUCGGCGGACUUGGCUGCCUCCAAGAUUAGUGUACAGGCUGAUACAGGAACUGUUACUUAUCUCGCGCCUGAUGGACUGGUCACCUAUAGACUCCACGACGCUAUACCGAAGGAGGUCUCGUAUCUCGGCUGCUCCGAUGGCCAAUUUCGGUCUUUCCUUAGGCUCACUCCAUCACUUGCUCUGGCCGUAUCUGAUUUGUACUGCGGACUCUUCGACCUGACCUAUCAGACACUUCAAGCCACUUUGCGCUUCAGUCAGUCUGAACCACCGAACGGCGUGGACAAGAAGCGAUCCCGCGGUGUAGCUGAGUCUACUAUGAAAGACGUCACGUUCAUUGGCUACUUUGCAGCACUCGACCUAGCUGUUGGCUCUACAGCUACGGAACUGGUUGGGUUUCCGCUCGGUUCGAUUCUUCCACGGAGACAUGGCAAGAAGGAAGCAAGUCUCUUAAUCGACUCCAUUGGAAAAGGCCUUCGAAAUGGCCUGCCAGCACAAGUAAUCACCCAGAAUAGUGCAGGCCCUGUGGAUUUGGCCAAGGAUUUCAAGGAAAAGAUUAAUCUUCUGGAUGAGCAGGACGAUGUUUUUGGAUUCGAACGGGAGUUCGCUGAAGCUGUUGGCAUCGAAAGAGACACUACGGAAUUUGAUACGUGGGCGAAAAGCCACACCAAUGGGACGAAUAAGGCCUUGAAAACCAAUGGAACUACCUCACCACAGCAUGACGGCAUGGAUGUCGAUGCACCCAGUGAUGAGGUGCCGUUACCGUCCUGGAACUUUCCCGCAAGGUUUGAUAUAAAGGACCGCUUCAGGCACGAACCUCUCGCGAUGUACGCUCUAUCGAAACUCUUCUCAUGGGCCCCGGAAACCAAAAAUUCUACACUACCCUUAAAGAUGCCCACAAUCGUGGCUGAUGCUUACAUGCCAAAUAUCUUCCAGUACCUACUUUUGACAGAGUGCUUCAAUAAGAACACCAUACAACGUGCACUGCGCAUCCAUUCAGGCGUUCCGGGAGACAUGCGUAUCGUCAAUGAUGGUGAUGUUGUUACAGCGCUCGUCGACCUCGACCCAAGUUUUGGCAUCCUACGUACCGUGCUGGAGUCCGGGUCAUAUCUAUCGAUUGGCGAGGUCACAUCCUCAAUCAAGCUCAUAGUACAACGACUCGGCGCUCAGGCUGUGUCAGAACUCAAUGCACGUCUCCUACUUCACAGUGACCCGCCGAUCAACGGAGUGGACAAUGAUCAGGAUGUUGAAAAGGCUAUCAGCUCAAUGUCAGAUGUGAUUGACGACACCCACGCAUAUCUUGACAACAUGCCAUCCGCCGAUGUCGAAAACAACUUUAUUCUGUUUUGCUGCUUCCAAGGGGCUUUGAAAGCUCUAUACACGUUCCCAAAGCCAACUAUUGUAGCUGGUCUCCGUACAGCCUUGGACCACGACCAAUUAUUUGUUCUCCUGAACUUACUGCGAAUCCAGUUAAGCGGCGGUGGCUGGGCAUCCCGCUACUUCGACAGCGAAGCCUCCGAACCCCAAGACGACGACUCCUCAUCCGACGACCAGAUCAUCAUAAUCGCAAACCUCCUUUCGACCGUCCUCGAUACAAUCGGCGUAGGUGGCUGGCUCCUCGCCUCGCAACGCUCCCAAGAUCCAACCACAUCCACCACUACGAUCGAGCAAGAAGACAGCCCCGAAACCCUGAUCCACGACCUCCACGAAGUUGUCUCUGCUGUCGCCGAAGGCAUUCACGAAGUCACCUUCAUGAACGGCCUCCUCUCCGACUUUCUCCGCUACGAACACCGCCUCAAGACCUCCUCAUCCAAGACCACCACCACCACCGCAGUUUCGCGCAACAAACAACACAACAAGAAACCGUAUAAGGUUUCGACCGCAAGCGACGCCCUGUAUGGCGCCGACGCCUACGCCGACUCUCGUAUCCUCCCGCUCGGCAUGCUCGUCAAGGAUGCCCCAGCGCUCAUGAAGAACGCGCCCAAUGGCACAGAAGUCAAGAAGAGUAUGCGCCAGAUCGGCUAUGAGCUGAGUAAGAUGGUGCCCAAGUAUAGCGUCGAGCGGAUUGAGAUAUGAUCUGAUAGAGAGUCUUUUGGGUUGUCGGCUUUGGUGUAGGCGACUACCUGGGGUUUUAUACAUAUACAUAUAUGGAUAUACGUGUGUGUAUGUGUGUAUAUAUGAAAUGAAUGAAAUUUGUUGUUCC